CCUAGCUGCCAUUCACAAAGUGUACAACACAUCUAAUGUUACAAAAUGCUCAAGAGCACGUACACAUCUAUUAGGGAACGGCAUCAUUCACUUUGAACUCCAGUGACUGGUGAGCCAGAACAUUGAUGUGCAUCGUCUCAUGCUGCGAUUCACAUGGUUGGUUUAGCAACUAUUCACAACAAGCAUCCAGUGAUCAAAGAUGUGGAUGGGAGAUACAAAGUGAAUCAAAUGGAAACAUGGGAUAUAGAAAGGAGACUUUCCCUUUAUGACAAGGUCAAAUCUCCCAUCUCAGCGCCAACUUUCUGCGUCACAACAUGCCGGGUUGGAGCCCAUCCUACAAUUCGAGCACAUACUACUGGGGAUGCGGAACGAACACCACAGCCGCUCGAUCAGAUUGUGAACACGCUCUUAAUAUGGCGAUUCAUGGUCCCGCAUUCAUUAAGAUCCAGAAUAAUAAACUUUUGGCGUAUUGGUUCAGUUCCUGCAAACGGCCCUAUUCAAGUGGAUGAGUUUCGAGAUAUCGCGAACUGGGGAUUCGGGUCAUUGUGUGAUUUGGGAAUGCAACGCACCUAUUUCACUCCACAGAAUCACACCUGGUAUGCAUAUGUCACAGAAGCGACGUGGAACUAUGGUGAUAAUUUUUGA